AUCUGGCAGAUGUUCUUCGAGGGGCGCUACCUCAUCCUGCUCAUGGGGGCCUUCUCCAUCUACACUGGCUUCAUCUACAACGAGUGCUUCAGCAAAGCCACCGUCAUCUUCCCAUCUGCCUGGAGCGUGGCCGCCAUGGCCAACCACUCCUCCUGGAGCUCUGACUACCUCGCCACCCACCCCUCCCUCACCCUCAACCCCAACGUCACCGGCGUCUUCCGAGGGCCCUACCCUUUUGGGAUCGAUCCAAUCUGGAGCUUGGCCAUCAACCACCUCAAUUUCCUCAACUCCUUCAAGAUGAAGAUGUCCGUGGUGCUGGGCAUCGUGCACAUGGGCUUCGGCGUCCUGCUGGGGGCCUUCAACCACGUGCACUUCCAGCAGUGGCACCGGCUGGUGCUGGAGCUCCUGCCCGAGAUGAUUUUCCUCCUGGCACUCUUCGGCUACCUCGUCUUCCUCAUCUUCUUCAAGUGGCUCAAGUUCACGGCCGCCGACUCCAUGGUGGCCCCCAGCAUCCUCAUCCACUUCAUCGACAUGUUCCUCUUCACCUCCAACCCCGACAACCUCCCGCUCUACCAGGGCCAG